AAAAACACAAGAAAAAAGAAUAAUAAUAGAUGUUAAUUCAAUUCUACCAAAAGAACUAAAAGGUGAUUACGUAAAUCUUCAAAAAAAAAAGUGAAAUAGGCCUUUAGUGUUAGCUUCUGUUGGCGGUUUGAGCAGCCAAUGGCUGGCGCGGUCUGGUUUCGCGUCGGCCAAUGGGGUUGAUUGUCCCGCCCCUUUCAAUCGGUUGUUUCGUUCGGAGCGCUCAGAACGCCUGAGAGCUAACAGCUGACGGUUGCUUCCGCUCAGAACGCUUGAGAACAGCUGACGGUUGCUUCGCUCAGAACGCCUGAGAGCUAACAGCUGACGGUUGUUUACUUAAAGAGCUAAAAAGAAAUCGACAAAUCUGGAGAUCUCGGAGAGUUUCCCCUGUAAACAGCUGAACCCCGAAAAAUAGCCGUUGACAGCUCGGAGCAUCGGUCAGGUUUUUUUUUGUUUUAGCUUGUUUGAUACACUUUUGGCUUGGAGGGCCAAAGAUUCCAAGACCCUCUUCUCUUGAACCUGGAUGGCGAGCCCCAGCCCAGAGGACCAGGCGCACGGGUAGAUAGUGACCCGACUGGUCACCAGCUGAGAGACUGAGACUGAACAAUUGACUCAUUGGAGACUAAAGUAUUCAAUUUAUUUAUUUAUUUAUUUUUAUUUUUAAAGCGCGCAGUAUUUGUUUGUCUGUUUUAAAUGUGGAUCCACCAUUGUUAAUUAUAUUAAAUUUUGCUGUUUUCUUGUAGACACUGUGUGUUUCUUUGUUGCUCACACCUGGGUUCCCUCGAAUUUAAAAUCUUCUGAUUAGGCCCAACUUCUUAUAUAUAUAUAUAUACUAAAUUAACCUGUUUUUUGUGAGUUGCAGGUUGUUACAAAAAUUUGGCGAGCCAGCCAGGAGCCUAGUUGUGUGACAACAGUGGAACAACAAUUUGAAUUUUGUCUGUUAACACAUUGGUACUAUGGAUUUCAUUGCAAAAUUAGGAAUUAAGAUACCAAAUGCAGUCAUUGUCAGUGGUUUAACUGGAUCUGAAAAGGAUGAUGAUGUUUUUGACUACUUGCGACAAUGUGGUACAAUAAGUAGGACACUAACAGUCGAUGAUAGCUCAUCUGAGUUUUACCAGAACUGUGUCGUGGAGUUUAGCUCUGAUUUAGCUGUUCAGGAGCUAACACCUGCAUUGCCUUACCUGUAUCCAUCAGCUGAAAAUCCAGAUGUUAAAUACUGUGUCCGCGCCCUAACAGAUGUUUACACAAAAACCGUAGGGGGCAGUGUAACUGAUACCUACCUCACUGAACUAAAGACCUUAGCUAAGUUAAGUGGGAAGGAUUUUGAAGAAGUCUUAAGGGAGGUGAUGUCAAAGUUUGAAGAGUCCAUGGGAUCUGUGGAGACAGCUGCAAGCCCAUGUCCAAAUAAUGACACAGAGCCUACACAAAGUGUUGUUUUCCCUCCACACCACAUUGAUAACCCCCACUCUCCUAAGCUUGUUCAGAGCCCUAACCCAAGUUCCUUGAAACUUAAUCAGAAACCUCACAUGUUAAGUCAAACCGAUCUAGUCUCACCUGAAGUACAGAGGAUUGUGGUUGAACAUGUUGUCAAAACUACAGAGAAGACAUCUAAUGCUCAUUCCACCCUUAGGUUGAGAGCUUUUUCUGGAAAAAACCCUAGACCAUAUUCCGAAGCUGACUAUGAAACAUGGCGUUCCCAUGUUGACUUAAUGAUGGGAGACACAUCUCUUUCUAACUUGGAAAAAACCCGAAAAAUUCUUGAAAGCCUUCUCACUCCAGCUUCAGAUGUCAUUCGACCUCUUGGGCCUGAUGCAUCCAUUGAUGACUAUCUUAGGCUGCUUGAGUUGGCAUUUGGCACUGUUGAAGAUGGUGAGGAACUGCUUGUGUGAUUCAUGAACACUUUGCAGGAUCCUGGGGAGAAACCAUCUGCGUACUUGCAUCGCUUGCAGGUGGCACUGAGUCUUGCAGUGCGCCGGGGUGGUGUAGACCCCAGAUAAAGAGACAGACAGCUUCUUAAGCAAUUUCAAAAAGGCUGUUGGGAUGAUAACCUACUGACAGAACUGCAGUUAGAGUUAAAGAAAAAUAAUCUGCCCACAUUUGCAGAACUAUUACUCCUACUCCGUACUGCAGAAAACAGACAAGAAGUUAGAAGCACAAGAAUGAGAAAACACUUUAGUGCAACCAAACAAAAAGCAGCGUCAUAUGAACAAACUGUCACUGAAACAAAAAUGGACUUUUCUGAAACAACUUCAAACACUUUAAGUGAUCUGAAAAAACAGGUUGCUGAUUUAAAAAGCCAAUUAGCAGCAGUUAUGAAACAAAAGAAACAAACAGUACCUAAGAAGAACCAAACAACAAAACCUGACCAUGCAAACCCUGAACCCAACUUACCUUCACACAGCCGCCCUAGUUCACGGCCCAAGCCUUGGUACUGCUUUCGCUGUGGGGAGGACGGACAUAUUGUUGCCAACUGUGAAUCUGAGCCAAACCCUGCACUUGUAGAGGCAAAACGUAAGGAACUAAAAGCAAAAAGACAAAUAUGGGAUAGACAACACAAUGGCUCUGCUUCUUUAAACUGAAGUGUGCCUCUGUUGAGGGACAAACAGAGGCUACCACAGAGUCAAACCGUCCCCUUGAACCCAAGCAAAAUGUGCCGACUAAAAAACGUGCCAUUUUAAAGUCGCAUACUAAAACUGGCAGAUUCAAACUGCCUCGAGGUUUAAUCGGUACUAAAAGUACAGCCCAAGUAAAGAUUAACAGCAAUACUGUAAACUGCUUACUCGAUUCUGGCUCCCAGGUGACCACGGUCCCACAAUCAUAUUAUGAACAACAUCUGUCCAGUCAUGAGAUUAAGCCACUUUUUGACCUACUCGAAGUAGAAGGUGCAAACGGCCAAUCAGUGCCUUAUUUAGGGUACAUUGAAAUGAACGUCACUUUUCCAAAAGAGUUUCUCGGCAUUGAAGCCGAUGUGUCAACACUUGCCUUAGUCGUGCCAAACAUUCGAGCUGCUUCCCAAUCUUUGGUGUUAAUUGGAACUAACACCUUAGAUGUGCUUUAUGAAUUGUAUAACGAAGCAUGUUCCGGACAGCAGCCUCUCAUUUCAGAUGGUUAUAAGGCAGUGUUAAAAGUGCUAGAGUUAAGACACAAACAGACCAAAGGCAGUAGCCUUGGUCUAGCAACUAUGUACAACAAAGGCCCUCAGCUAGUCCCAGCAGGCCAGACAGUUGUCCUGGAAAGCUCGGUAGCUGUGUCAACUAAUACCACAGAGAGAUCCGUGCUGCUAGAGCACCCAUCCUUUUCAACCUUACCAGGGGGUGUCCUAGUAAAGCCAAGUCUCAUCAGCUUACCUGAGCGAGCACCCUACCUGAUACCAGUUGUUCUCACCAAUGAAACUGAACAUGAUGUGACAAUCCCUCAAAAAUGUGUGAUUGGAGAGAUCCACGCGUUCCAGAGAGUCCUCUCUCACCAACAUUCAGUGGGAUCUUCCAAAUCUGAAGUCGGUCAAAAACACAAUCUGGUUUUUAACUUUGAGUCCUCUCCUAUCAGUACUGAGUGGAAAGAGCACAUCUUGCAUAAGCUCAAUAACAUGCCAGAGGUUUUUGCACAAAAUGACCUUGAUUUCGGUCGGACUGAUCAAGUCAAGCACAACAUUAAACUGUCAGACGAAACUCCAUUCAAACA